AUGAUGCUCAUGGGGUCGUCAGACGCCCUGAAGUGUCGCGCGUUCUUCUCUACGCUAUCAGGGGGGGCGCAGCGAUGGUUCACGAACCUGAAAGGCGGUUCGCUAGGCUCGUUCCAAGACCUGGCCACCCAGUUCAUUACCCAUUUCCUGAGGGGAAGGAGGCGCAAGAAGCAUUUCACACAUCUCGCUAGCGUCAAGCAAGGGGAGGAUGAAACCCUCACCCAGUUCCUCACGUGGUGGAGAAAGGAGGAAGCCGAGGUGGAGGACAUGGACGACCGGUCUGCAAUGGUCAUGUUCAUCGCAGCCCUCCGUGCUGGGGAGCUGUACAAGAGCCUCCGCCGCAAGGCCCCCGGCUCAUACGCAACCUUUAUGAUGAAGGCAGACCGGUAUGCCGAAGCUGAAGAAGCCAACCGCAUGAAGCGCAUAGAAGAGCACGGCAGCAGCAAGAAGCCAAGGAUCGAGGAACCGUCACGUCUUAAGAAGGGGGCUAGUUAUUCGCGGGAAAGUCUGGAGGAUAAGGUGGUUAGCGCCGGGGGGAGGGGGAGGCCCGCGGCGGGUUCACGAGCCCCCCCGCCAUGGGCACCGCCGGCGCCUGCCCCGGCGCGACCCACCACGUCAGCACCCCCGGCGGCACGGCCCGCCCCGCGGGUCGCCCCUUUCACCCCACUUAUCGCCCCACCCAGCGAUAUCUUAGCUUAUGCAGAGGAGUGUCAAUUGGUGAAGACAUUUGGUCCCAACCAAAUCCCGCCGGGUGCAGACACCACGAGAUACUGUAAAUUUCACCGCCGCUACGGCCACGCCACCAACGAUUGUCAGGCAUGGAGGAAAGAGAUAGAGUUCCUCAUACAAGCAGGGAAGUUGACGAAUUUCAUAGACUGGGAGCGGCUGGCUGCGAGGAACGCUAAACGUCCGACGGUCGGGCCUGUAGGGGAGGCUAAGGGGAAAUCGACUGACUCCGGGGAGGGCCCGGGGAGGCGCCCAGUGAUCAAUGUCAUCUUUGGGGGAGGGGCCUCGAAGGUAGAUGGUGGCUGUUAUGUAGGUGCAGUGGACGAACACCCCCAAUUGAAAAGGCUCCGCCGGGAACCGAUUUGGUUUUCGGACAAUGACCUGGCAGCGCGGGAGACUACUCCGAAGGACGCACUCGUAGUAGCCAUGGUGGUCAACGGGGUCUGCGUCAAGCGCGUGCUUGUGGACACAGGCAGCAGUGUUAACGUAAUGUAUCACGACGUGUUCGUGAAAUUAGGACUGAGCGAGGAUCAGCUCCGACCGGUGAGGACGCCACUGGCUGGUUUCACUGGGGACACUAUAGAGACAGAAGGGUCGAUAGUGCUUCCUGUGGAAGUUGGUAACCCCCUGCACGUGAAAAAAGUGGACAUGGAGUUCCUCGUGGUGAGGAUAGUAUGCGCCCAUAACCUCAUCUUAGGGAGGCCUGGGCUGGCAGCAUUGGGCGGACUUAUUUCGAUGGAGCAUUUAUGUUUGAAAUUCCAUACCCCCGAGGGGGUGGGGACGGUACGGGGUGAUCAGCAUCUUGCCCGGAAGUGCUAUGAGACGGCAUGCGAGAGAAUGCUGACGGAAAAGUUACCUGUCCAUACCGUGGAGAAGGAGGCUGAGAGGGAGAAAAAGGUAGGGCCCGAGCCAGCUGUGGAGUUGGAGGAGAUCCCCCUGGACCCAAGUCGACCAGACAAGUGCGUUAGGAUAGGCAAGGGCCUUGCCCCGGGGCUACGGGAACAGGUCAUCGCCGUUCUACGCGAAUACUCGAUGAUAUUCGCGUGGGGUCCCGAAGACAUGCCCGGGAUCGACCGAUCCAUCAUAUCGCAUAGACUGGCGGUAGACCCCAAUUUCAAACCCGUUAAGCAGAAAAGACGACACCUGUCAGCUGAAAGGAGGGCAUUCGUAAAGACAAAAGUAGACACGCUCCUAGCGAUAGGGCAUAUACGGAAGGCAAUGUAUCCGGCAUGGCUGGCCAACGUGGUCCUAGCCCCGAAGCCGCCCACUUGGCGCAUGUGCGUGGAUUACACGGACUUAAACAAGGCAUGCCCCAAGACCCUUUCCCCUUGCCCCGUACGGAUCAAUUGGUUGACGAGACAUCAGGAUGUGAGUUGCUAA